CAUGCCCCAAGCAGAAGAAGCGAAGCGAAGCGGUGGGAAGUCCUGGGCGCCUCUGUUUCGUCACACGCCGCGCUGGCCCUAGCCGAGGAGAAGUUUUCCAAACCCCCAUGCGUUUUCCUACGGGGAAAAUGUUGUUACAACAGGGUAGCUGUUUGUAGGUGUAUUUGAACGGAAAUCAUGACACUUUUGAGCGUUCAAGACAACAAAAGUCAGGCACAAUAGCACUGUUUUUCUUUGUUUAUGCUGUAUGCGCUAGUCGGGGCAGUGUUAUUGGAUAGUAGUAUUGUGGUCUAGACGAGUUUUCUCAACCCCCUUCUCUCCGGAGCGCUGGCUAACAUUAGCAGCAUAGCUGCUGCCUCUUCCAUACUUUCGUAGAACAACGGGAAAGUUGAGUUGAGUUGGGAGACAUGGCGGAGACCAAAAUAAUUUAUCACAUCGACGAAGAGGAGACGCCGUACUUGGUGAAAAUUCCCAUAGCAGCUGAGAAAAUCACUUUGCUAGAUUUUAAACAGGUUUUGAACAAGCCAAACUACAAAUUCUUCUUCAAGUCUAUGGAUCAGGACUUCGGGGUGGUGAAGGAGGAGAUCUCAGACGACAGUGCCAAGCUGCCAUGCUUCAACGGAAGAGUUGUCUCCUGGUUGGUGUCCUCUGAUACCCCAGCAGCCGAACCCCCUCCAGCCCCUCCAGUAGAGGUCCAGUCUCAGCCCUCACCUCCCCCUCCUCCCCUGCCUCCACCUCCGGUCGAGAGGACGGGGGGCAUUGGAGACUCCAGACCCCCUUCCUUCCAUCCCAACACUGCUGGCAGCCUGGAGUCUUUAGAUGAUCAGACAGAGACCGAGUCAGUGGUGUCUUUCAGGAGAGAGAGAUCUCGACCCAGAGAGAGCUUAGACCAACAUGGGCCGCGUGUGAAUGGACAGUCCCGUAUGGACAGACACCUGGCCGGCUAUGAGAGUGCUACUGUGAUGAGCAGUGAACUGGACACCACGAGCUUCUGUGAUUCAGACGACGAUGAUACGAUGAGCAGGUUCAGCAGCUCCACUGAACAAAGCACAGCGUCUAGACUGCUGAAGCGCCACCGCAGACGCAGGAAACAGCGCCCACGUCUGGAGAGAGCUUCCUCUUUCAGCAGUGUGACAGAUUCAACAAUGUCCCUAAACAUUAUUACAGUCACCCUUAACAUGGAGAAGUAUAACUUCCUGGGCAUCAGUAUAGUGGGUCAGAGUAAUGAGAGAGGUGAUGGAGGCAUCUACAUCGGCUCCAUCAUGAAGGGAGGAGCUGUAGCUGCAGACGGACGCAUUGAACCUGGAGACAUGCUGCUGCAGGUGAAUGACAUCAACUUUGAGAACAUGAGUAAUGAUGACGCGGUCAGGGUGCUCCGUGAGAUUGUCCAUAAACCUGGACCCAUCACCCUGACUGUGGCAAAAUGUUGGGACCCUGCUCCACAAGGUUAUUUCACCCUGCCACGCAAUGAGCCGAUCCAGCCCAUAGAUCCAGCAGCAUGGAUCAAUCAUUCAGUGGCUCUCACAGGGGUGUUUCCGUCCUACCCGAGCAGCACAAUCACCUCCAGCUCAUCUGUCACUGAAACUGAACAUUUUGAUGAGUUCAACCUGUCUCUUCGCUCUGACAUGGCAUCGGUAGCUAAAGCCAUGGCAUCUCCCGAGUCCGGUCUGGAGGUCAGAGACCGGAUGUGGCUGAAGAUCACCAUUCCCAAUGCUUUCCUAGGUUCAGAUGUGGUGGAGUGGUUGUAUCAUCACAUUGAUGGGUUUCAGGACAGACGGGAAGCCCGUAAAUAUGCCAGUAACCUACUAAAGGCUGGUUUCAUCAGACACACUGUUAACAAGAUCACCUUCUCUGAACAGUGUUAUUAUAUAUUUGGAGACUUCAGUAAUUGUGAAAAUUACAUGGCCAACCUUUCUCUAAAUGAUAACGAUGGUUCCAGCGGUGCUUCAGACCAGGACACCCUUGCGCCUCUUCCCUUACCAGGGGCAACACCAUGGCCUCUGCUCCACUCUUUCGCGUACCAGUACCCUCACCCCUACUCCACCCAGCCCCCUCCUUAUCAUGAGCUCUCCAACUACAGCUAUGGCCCAGGCAGUGCAGGCAGCCAGCACAGCGAAGGGAGUCACAGCAGUGGCUCCACACGCAGUGACGGAGAGAAGAGAAGGGGCAGUAAAAGUGUAUCUGGCAGCACGGCUGGCGGCAGUGUACGUGAUGAUAAGUCUCCUGGUGGGGGCGGGGCUGACUCGCGUUCCGGCAGCGGCAGCGAAUCAGAUUACUCUGUUCGCAGCAGCCUGAGACGAGACCACGGCUCAGCCACGCCCAGUGAACACAGUCGCUCCAGUCAGCGCUCGAGCCAGCGCUCGCAUCAUCGCGUUCCUCCACCCGCACAUCUCGCCCCGUAUCCGCCUGGAAUCCCCAUUCCUUAUAACCCAAUGAUGAUGGUGAUGGUGCCCCAACAUCCACACCCACACCUAGCACUUGGAGCUCCGCACCCACAAACGCCUACUUUGCCGCCCCACCCUGGCAUGCCGCCCUCUGGCACCCCUGGUGGGCCUCCAGGAGCUCCUCCGACCCGAGACCUGGGCUCCGUCCCGCCUGAGCUGACAGCCUCUAGGCAGUCUUUCCACUUGGCUAUGGGCAACCCCAGUGAGUUUUUUGUGGAUGUGAUGUAAUGAAGUAUGUAGCUGUGGAUGUACAGGUGAAGGAGUGAAUGCAGAGAGGUUUGUAGUCACAUGAUAACUGUGAGUUCCACUCUGUGACCGACAGAGAUGUAGUUUACUGUAUCAGUGCAGCUCUUUAGAGUUCGUGUUUGUCCUUGACGGUAGGAACAGGGUUUACGGAAGGGUAGGGAGUCUUGCGUAGCACGGACUUCAACAUCUAUUUUGUCUUUGUGGUAUUCACCACAACAGGGUCUGGCCUUCUUAAAUGACUGAAAAAAUAAUAAUAAUAAUUGGCGGAUUUUUCAGAGUCCUGUUAUUUUCCUUAAACAUUUCCACACAUUUCUCGAAGGCCUCUGAUAAGGAUCUCGUGAUUUUCCAGAAAACAUUUCUAAAAGCAAAUUCAGUUCACUUUAUACACCUUUUUAAAUGACCAACAUGAUAUUCACUAGAAUUAUAACUUUAACCAUUUUAUAAAAAAAAAAAAAUAGUUUUGAGGCUUGUUUCAGUCACGGGAUAAAAACAUAAAAAGGCAAAUGCAACAUUUAUCUUACAGUUUAGUCUUUUUUUUUUUUUCCUUGCAGUUUUGAGAAGAAAAGUCUGAAUUGUGAGAUAUAAACUCCCAAUUGCAAGGGGUGAAAAAAAGAAAUUGUGUAAUUUAAACAUUACCUUUUUUAUUUUUUAAUAAAUGGGACUUUAAACUGCGAGAUGCAAGCUCAGAAUUAUGAGAAAAAAAUCUGAAUGGCAGAAUAUAACCUCUGAAUUAUGAGUCAGUCAGGAUUCGGUUUAUAUUUCACAACUCUGAAUUUUUUUAAAUGUUUUUCUUAAAAUUGCAAAGGGGAACAAUAUGAAUUGUCCGAUUAAAAAGUCCAAAUUAGCUUCGGGCUUCCAUAAUAAAAUGCAUGACUUCAAAAACCUUUAAAAGGAGUGAAAUGUUUGUAACAAUUGAUCUGGUCUAUUAUGUCUCUAUGUAUUGCUUGAAAGUGUAUCAAGGAAUUCUGAAAGCUUUUCUCUCAUGUACUAUAUACUGUACACUUUAAAAAUGACCUUUGUAAACUGUCUCUGUACAGCUGAAUGGAGCCAAGGUUCAUGGAGAUAAAUAUUUGAUGGUUAAUUUCUGAGAUUAAAAACUCUUCUGAUUCCUGGUGUUAGAAAGCAAUCGCUUUCAAAGACUUGAUGGUACACAUCUAAAUAGGCAGACUGUAAAAUGAUUGUACUCAUACGGUACAUGCAGAGGAAGUUUUAACCCCAUAAAGGUACUUUCUGGGUAGAAUGGGAUGUUUAUUCUAUUUUCUACUCCAGAGCUUUUUUUUUUUUUUGACUUUUUGUAUGACUGAUAAUCAUAGCACCUUUUUAUAUGAGUAUACAGGUACAAGUAUACAGGUGCUACAUAAAGACUGAUUCUCAAUGGAAUGCCAUGUUGAAGUGUUACAUUUUAAAAUAUCAUCAGAUACUGUCACUUUUGCAUGUCUUCACUCCAAAUAAAUUUGAUAGAAUUAACUCUGAAA